AUGGUUCAGAAGCUUAAAGAAUCAAUAGAAGAGGACGCUAGAGAUCGGGUGGCUCGUACGCAUGACGAACAGACGUUGUUUCGAGAAGUGUUUAGAGAAUUUGACAUUUUGAAAGCUGUCAAAACAUUUUGCUCUUCACUGGAAAUAUGGAAAAAUUAUACUGACACUGCCCACAUCUGCGUGAGGAUGGAUCCAGCAGAAAUCAAGGAAGAACCUCUUGUUGAAUUUGCAGAUAUCGAAGUGGUACCGAUGGAUGGAGAAAUGGAUAGUUCGGACAACAGACUGGGAGCUAGUGAGAUGCUUGAGCUAGAAGAAGUAGAAAAUUCAGCUCAAUUUUAUGCAACUAUUUUGAUGAAAGAAGAGCAGUCGGAGGAAUUUUAUGAGGAUCCCAGUAGCAAGAUAGAGAGUGAAGCUUUGUUGGGUGAAAAUCUCAAGGAUCGCAAUGAACAGGUCAGUGACGAAGCGAUAUCCUUGAAAAGGGUAUUUCAGUGUCCCUUAUGCACCAAAGAAUACACUCGCAAGGAUCACCUUAAUUAUCACAUGAAAAUCCACGCUGGUUUUAAAGACUUUAAAUGCGAUAUCUGUAAUAAGGAGUUCAGGCAAAGGGUUCACCUAAAAAAUCACAAGAAAGUUCAUACUGGAGAGAGAGAUUUUAAGUGCCAAGUUUGCGGCAAAGACUUUGUCCUAAAGCACCAUUUGACAACUCAUAAUAUAAAAAUUCAUACCUGCAAUAUGCAACAAGAUGUGGGUGGGUCUAAGCGCUGCUUCAAGUGCCAGAUAUGUACGAAAGAAUUUGUUAGAAAAGAUCACUUUGUAUAUCACACUAAAAUCCACACCGGUCUAAGGGACUUCAAGUGUAAUGUCUGUAGUAAAGAGUUCAGGCAGAAAACUCAUCUGAAAAAUCACAUGAAGUUGCACACAGGGGAAAGAGAAUUCAAAUGUGAUAUUUGUGGGAAGGAAUUCGCCCUUAAACAUCACCUUACAACACACCAUUUAAGAAUUCAUGCUGGCACUACAGCCCCUAAGUCGAACGGGGAGAUCAGAGAUUUAAAAACUUGCAGAAUUUGUAAUAAAGAAUUCAUCACUAAACGUCAUUUAAAUGGCCACAUGAAAGUGCAUUCCAAUUUAAUAGAAGCUAAGUAAUUACGAAAAGAGUGAUUUGAGUAACCGCGGUCUAAAACAAGAUAUCCUUGAAACCUAAAUCCGCGAACAUAAUCACAAAAUUAAUCCUUAUGGGCAAAAGAUUAAUUAUGAUAGUAUAGAUACUGAUUUCUCAAACGUCUAUCUGUUGAUUUAUUUAUUUAUUUAAUAAACGAUUUAUGUUCUGUGCAAUAUUUCACUGUAUAUUUAUAUUAGAUAGUUAAUAAGAAAUUUUACUACCGA